AUGGCUGCAAGUGAUUGGUCUAUAUUUGGAACCUUGUCCGUCUCGACAAAACAAACUACGAAUGAACAUUAUUCAAGAAGCUUCACUGAUCCAACGUCUCCUGCAGAAAGUUUAUUUUCGUCAUCCUCCAAGCAAAAAGACCCGGCGCAAUCGCAGCCAUCAACCACGAAUUUCAAUAGUACGGCCAUAAACAAUAUGGUUAGACAAUUCUGGAUCAGCUAUAUUGCCAUAUGGACAGUUGAUGCCAUCAUCGUACGCACAUAUGGCAAGCAGAAAUCCCCACAACGCUCGACAUCAUAUUGA